AUGGAAAAAAUGGUUAUCAGUGACUGUACAAUUAACUAUGUACAAAUCCUCGCACAAUGCGAUAUUUCGAAAGAAGAUCUAACGGAUGCAAUAGAAUAUUUUCGAGAUGUGUUACAACGAUUUGAUCUUAUAUCUGUCGAAGCGCCAAAGAAAUUUUCCUAUAUUGUUAAAUUGGAUAUCCGUAAUAUGAAAUGCGUUUGUGGACACAAUGCAUUCAUUAAAUUUUUGUGGUGCAUCAAAGUGUUGUAUUUUUACUACUUUUAUACCGAAUUUCAUCCGCAACAGUGCGACACAAUGGCCGAAUUUUAUAAUUGUUAG